AUAAGGCCCUACAAAUGUGGAGAGUGCGGAAAGCGUUUUGCUGAAGGCUCGGAUCUUGGAGUCCAUCAGCGAAUCCACCGGGGAAGGGAGCCUCAGGAAUGCCGGAAGCGCCAGAAACGUUUUCCUGCGAGAUGGUGUCUUUAUAAGCCUCAGAACAGCCCAACUGAAGAGAAGCCCUGCAAGUGUGUGCAGUGUGGGCUGUCCUUUUCUCAAACAUCUGAGCUUCUAAAACAUCAGCAAAUCCACACCGGAGAGCAACCUUAUAAAUGUCUGGAGUAUGGCAAAUCAUUUAAUGAAAAAUUGAUCCUUAAGAACCAUGAAAAGAUUCACAUAGGAGAGAAACCUUACAAGUGCUGGCAAUGCGGGAAGGGCUUUACUCAGAAGUCACAGCUUUGGGUCCAUGAGAAAAUUCACACAGGAGUAAAACCUUAUAAAUGCUUUGAAUGUGGAAAAAGUUUCACUCGAAGUCCAUGUCUUUGGAGUCAUAAGAAAACACACAAGGGGCAUAAAAAUGAAAAGUGCCUAGAAUGUGGGAAAUCUUUUUCCAGAAAAUCAACUCUGGUGCGACAUCAGAGAAUUCAUACCGGAGACAGACCCUAUGAAUGCCCAGAAUGUGAGAAACGAUUUGUGGAUUCUUCUAAACUUCGAAGACACCAGAUGAGGCACAAAGGAGAGAAAUUCUAUAAAUGUGAAGAGUGUGAGAAAUGCUUUUCUUGGAAGCCACAUCUUGGUUCACACCAGUGUGUCCACAUGGGUAAGAAACCAUACAAGUGUAUAGAAUGUGGGAAAUGUUUUGCUCAAAAGGCAGGCCUUUGGGAACAUCAGAAUAUUCACACAGGGGAGAAGCACUAUCAAUGCAUCGAGUGUGGAACAUUUUUUCGUACAACAUCUGGUCUCAGACGUCAUGCGAAAGUUCACACAGGGGAAAAGAAUUACAAAUGCUUAGACUGUGGGAGAGCAUUUGCUUAUUCCUCAUCCCUUAGAAAUCACAGCCGCCUCAUGCAUAUUGGAGAGACACCCCAUAAAUGCUUGGAGUGUCAUAAAUAUUUUUCCAGGAAAGCAACUCUUUUAAAGCAUCAGAGAAUUCAUACUGGAGAAAAACCUUAUCAGUGUCUCGAGUGUGGGAAAUCUUUUCCUCAAAAAGAAAAUCUUAGAAACCAUGAGAGACUUCAUACAGGAGAGAAACCUUACAAGUGUGCGCAAUGUGGGAAAGGCUUUUCUUGGAAUUCAAAGCUUAAAGUGCAUGAGAAGAUUCACACAGGAAUAAAACCUUAUAAAUGUUUUGAGUGUGGAAAAAGUUUUACUCAAAGUUCAUCACUUUGGAGUCAUAAAAAAACACAUAAUGGGCAGAAAAAUGAAAAGUGCCUAGAAUGUGGGAAAUGUUUGUCCACCAAAUCAAGCCUGGUGCGACAUCAGAGAAUUCACAGUGGAGACAGACCCUAUGAAUGCCCAGAAUGUGAGAAACGAUUUUUGGAGUCUGCUGAACUUCGGAGACACCAGAAGGGGCACCGAGGGGUGAGGCCGUAUAGAUGUGAGGAGUGUGGGAAAAGUUUUAUUUCGCUAGCACAGGUUCAGAUUCAUCAGCGAAUCCACACAGAGAAGCUAUACAAGUGUGGCGAGUGUGGGAAAUGUUUUUCCCAAAAACAAUAUCUUGGAAGGCAUCAAAGGGUCCAUACAGGAGUGAAGCCAUACAAGUGUGUCGAAUGUGGGAAAUGUUUAUCCACCAAAUCAAACCUGGUGCGACAUCAGAGAAUUCACAGUGGAGACAGACCCUAUGAAUGCCCAGAAUGUAAGAAACGAUUUGUGGAGUCUGCUGAACUGCGGAGACACCAGAAGGGGCACAGUGGAGAGAAGCCGUAUAUAUGUGGGGAGUGUGGGAAAAGUUUUAUUUCGCCAGCACAGGUUCUCAUUCAUCAGCGAAUCCACACAGGGGAGAAGCCGUACAAAUGUGGGGAGUGUGGGAAAUGCUUUUCCCGAAAACAGCACCUUGGAAGGCAUCAGAGGGUCCAUUCAGGAGUGAAGCCAUACAAGUGUGUAAAAUGUGGGAAAUGUUUUCCUCAAAAAGAAUAUCUUAGAAACCAUGAGAGACUUCACACAGGUGAAAAACCCUAUAAGUGUGAGCAGUGUGGGAAGUGCUUUCCUCAGAACUCACAGCUUUGGGUCCAUAAGAAGGUUCACACAGGAAUAAAAUCUUACAAAUGCUUCGAGUGUGGAAAAUGUUUCACUCGGAGUUCAACUCUUCGGAGCCAUGAGAAAACACACAGAGGAGAGAAAAAGAAAAAGUGCCUAGAAUGUGGAAAAUGUUUUUCCCAGAAAUCACACCUGGUGCGACAUCAGAUAAUUCAUCAGAGAAUGCAGAGACAGAAUGUGAGAAACAAUUUGUGGACUUCAGAGACACCAGCACAGACGAUGGAAGCCGUAUAAAUGUGUUGAAUGUGGGAAGAGUUUUAUGUCAGCAACGUAGGCUCUCAUUCAUCUCUGAAUCCACACAGGGUAGAGGUCAUACCAAUGUGUCAAGUGUGGAAAAUGCUUGCUCAAAGGCAGGACUUUGUGAACAUGAGAAAACACACACAAGGGAGAAACCUUAACAAUGCACUGAGUAUGGAAUUUUUUUUCAUAGCACAUCAGCCCUUAGAAGUCAUAUAAAAGUUCACAUAGGGGAUAAAAUUACAAAUGUUUAGGCUGUGGGAGAGCAUUUGCUUCUCAAUCAUCCCUUAGGAAUCACAGCUUAAUCCAUGCAGGAGAGAAGCCCCAUAAAUUCUUAGAAUGUGAUGAAUAUUUUGCCUGGGAAACUACUCUUUUGAAGCAUCAGAGAAUUGUUACCAGUUAAAAACCUUAUGAGUGCCUAGAACGUGGCAAACAUUUUACCUGAUAAUCAGAUUUUCAGGUGCAGAUAGGAAAUCACACAGGAUGGAAGCCUUGUAAGUAUAUAGAGUGUGGGAUUUUCUUGCCUAUCAAAUCUUAAUAUGCACCAGAGAAUCCAUACUGGAGAAAAGCCCUUCAGUUGUGAACAAUGUGGGAAAUGUUUUUCUCAAAAGCCACACGUUAAUGUUCACCAGAACAUUCACUCAGUAACAAAAGUGAAAUCCUAUAAAUAUUUGAUGUGUGGGAAAUGUUUUUCACAAUCAGGAAACCUUCAAUUGCAACAGAAUUAUAAAAAAAUACAUCAAUGUUGGGAGUGUAGUGAAUGUUUUGAUUAGGAAGCAGCAUUAGUGACUCAUCAGAGAGUAAUGAAAAGCCAAAAGACAAACAAUAUGAAAAUGGAAGACCAAAUAGAAAUGGAUGGAUGACAAUAGAUGGAAAAAUGUGGUUUUACGAUUGAGACACGAUAAAACACUUGGGUAUUAUUCUGACUAAUAUGAAUUCUAUGUUCAAAAUAAUUCUCUGAAGGCAUGGAGUGAAAUCAAGAAGGAUAUGCUAAGAUGGGAAAAAUUAGAAUUUUCAUUGUUGGGGAGAAUUUCUGUGAUAAAAAUGGAUGUAUUACCUAGAAUGAUGUUUCUGUUUCUAACAAUACCUAUCUUGACAACUGAUGCACCCUUUAAGCAAUGGCAGGAAGAUAUAUCUAGGUUUAUAUGGCAAGGGAACAAACUGAGAAUUAAAUUUAAAACUCUUCAAGACGCAAACGAAAGAGGAGGAUUGGGAUUGCCUGUGUGGAGAUUGUACGUUGCAGCCUCCUGUUUGGUUUGGACAAAAGAGUGGGUUUUGCUGAGAAAUAAGAGAAUAUUGAAACUAGAAGGGCACGACCUGAGGUUUGGAUGGCAUGGUUCGUUAUGGUACGAUAAAGUGAAGGUUAAUGUAGACUUUAAAAGUCAUUAUCCUUGAAGUGCAAUAUUGAGAAUAUGGAAUAGAUGUCAACCCAGGCUGUGCUGAAAACGCCUUUGUGGGUCUCGACACAAGAAGCAUUUUAUAGAAAAGAAACAGCAGGCAAAGAGUAAUGGUUAAAAUAUUGGGAGUUGUCAGAACAAGAACAUGGAGAAUAGAAGAUGAAGUGAAGAGAUCAACUGACUGCCAAUGGAUUUAGUUAUCAGUGGUCUUGAUUUGUACACAUAAGAGAAAGAUUUAAAGUAGAGAAAAGGACAUUUGGAACUGAACAACAAAAGACAGAACUUGAAACUGAAUUACUGUAUGUGCAAAUGAUGAACUUGUAUUUGCUGAAAUGUAUAAGCUUUUACUGAAAUUUGAAACAGAAGAACAAUUUAAAGAGUGUGUGAUAAAAUGGGCCAAGACCUUUGGUUAGAAUGUACAGAUGGAAGAAUGUGAAAAUAUGUUGCUGAAAGGACUGACAUUCACAUUAUAUUACAAUUUAAAGGAGAAUUUUUAUAAAAUGAUGUACUGUUGGUAUAUGAUACCAGAAAAAAUUAUCUAGAAUGUAAAAAGAUACUUCAAAACUAUGUUGGAAACAUGAAAAACAUGAAGGGUCUUUUUAUCAUGCUUGGUGGGCUUGUUAAAAAGGUGGACAAUUUUGGGUUCAAAUACAUAUAGUGAUACAAGGCAUUUUAAAUAUUAAUAUUGAACUGAAAGCAGACCUUUUCUUGCUGGGACUAAUGGACAGAAAACUAGAAAAGACUUAUGGUAGUUUGUUUUUGUACACGGUGACUGUGUCAAGAUUAUUAUAUACAGAAAGACGGAAAGACAGUGAAAUACCCACAAGGGAGGAAUGAUUGGCAAAGAUGACAGCAUAUGCCGAAAUGGCAAAAUUGACUUGUCUGAUUAGGGAAAAGACAAUAACUACCUUUAUUCGUGA